AUGAAUGAUAUCACUACCACACCCUCUCCUUCUCCUUCCCCUUCUUCAACCAUGGCCUUUCCACCUUCUCACACUUUCUUGUUCCAAACCCAUGAAGAUCAUGACCACCAACACCAUCUCCGUUCAUCUUCUUCCUCUUUCAACGCCUUCCCCUCCUUCCCACCCCAACACUUUCAAGGGGGUGGUGCAGGUGCAGGUUUCAUGAUGAAGCGAUCCAUGUCAUUUUCAGGCAUAGAAAACAAGUGCGACGAAGUGCAUGGGGACGAUGAGUUAUCAGAUGAUGGAUCUCAGAUUGGGGAGAAGAAGAAGAGGUUGAGUUUGGAGCAAGUGAAGGCUCUUGAAAAGAGCUUUGAGUUGGGUAACAAGCUUGAACCUGAAAGGAAAAUGCAGCUUGCUAAGGCCUUGGGGCUUCAACCAAGACAGAUCGCUAUAUGGUUCCAAAAUAGAAGAGCAAGGUGGAAGACCAAGCAGCUUGAGAAAGAGUAUGAAGUUCUCAAGAAGCAAUUUGAAGCUGUGAAGGCUGAUAAUGAGUCCCUUAAGGCUCAGAAUCAGAAGCUACAUGCAGAGUUACAAACUCUAAAGGGUAGAGAUUGUUGUGAAACUGGAACAAGAAGCCUCAAAAAAGAAACUGAAGGUUCUUGGAGUAAUGGAAGUGAAAACAGUUCAGAUAUCAAUUUGGAUCUCUCAAGAACACCAGUGAUGAAUAGUCCUGUGUCUUCUCAGAAUGGUAAAAGCCUUCUACCCACUUCCCUAAAGCCCACAAGCAUAACUCAGCUUCUACAAUGUUCAUCAAGAUCAGACCUUCAAGAUGAAAGCUUUUGCAACAUGUUUCACAACAUUGAUGAGCAGCAGAAUUUUUGGCCUUGGCCUGAGCAACACCAGUUUCAUUAA